CCAGUCUCUAUUUUAAUGGAGGAUCGCGGUCGACGACGUAAUUUUGUACUGACAUUUUUUGACAGCAGCGCGGAGGUUGCAACACUGAAUAACCAUGGAACAGCAUAUAUACGAUGUUGAGACUCGAGUUUGAGACUUGUUCUACAGUAGUGCUUGCUGGGUGAAGGUUAUAGUUUUAAUUUAAUAUUUAAUAAUUAUUUUAAAUAUUAAUUAGUAAAAUGGAGCAGGGAAAAGCUUCGACAAGUCUUGUCCCGCCUGUCAAAAAAGUGAAAAGACAUUUAACUGUGGCUGAACAUGUAUUGGUAAAAACUGUAUAUCAAACUAUUCGCGCUCAAAAUCCUCAUUUUAGUGUGGAGGACGCAGCUGAAUCAUGCGGAAAUUUAACGAAUUUGAGUUCUCGAACGGUUUUCAGAUCACUUAAAGUCGACCCAACGAAGGAAAGAAAGGAAACAAGAGGUAGAAAGAGAAAGGCGGGUCCAAGUACUCCUAUAAAAAAACUCAAAACGAGGCAUGAAGCAUCAAAACAAAAAAUAUAUGAACAAAAAUUUAAAUCCGAAUGGUUAGGAUUGCCUCAUUUUGCAGGAUGGCUAGCAGAACAUCCAACAGAUAAAUUUAAGUGUCGUUGUAUGGCCUGCAAUGUAAUAUUAAAAUGUGGAAAAUCCGAUUUGGAAAAACAUAGGGCAACAAAAAAACACGUGGAAAGGGUGAACAUGAAACAAAAUAUCCCAUCAGUGGCAACUUUUUUUUCAAAAAACACAGUUCAUUGUAAAAAGGUUGCUACAGCAGAAGUAAAAAUGGCCAAUUUUUUAGCACACCAUAACGUUAGUUUUCAAAUCAUUGAUCAUUUGGUUCCAGUUUUAAAAGAAUGCUUUCCUGACUCAGAUAUUUUAAGGGAUUGUAAUUUGGGCCGCACAAAAACGACAAAUGUAAUUAAAAAUGUAAUAGCUGAAGAACAAUCUCAAGGUUUAAUCGAAAUACUCAGGAAUCAAUACUUUAGCAUACUUAUAGAUGAGAGUACGGAUAUUUCUGUCAAUAAAUUGUUAUGUGUUCUAGCUAAAUAUGUAGAUAAACAUACUGGAAAAUGUGUAACCAGAUUAUUAGAACUAAUUACAGUUGAUGGUAAAAAUUGCGACGCUGAUCAUUUAUACAAUGCUUUUAAAAUAUGUUUAAAUAAAAAAAAUAUUCCUGUCAAUAAUAUCAUAGGCUUAGCCUCGGAUAACGCAAAUGUUAUGUUAGGCAAAAAUAAUAGCUUCAUGACCCGAUUAAAAGAUGAAACUCGCGCAUUAAUUGUUAUUCCUUGCAUUUGUCAUUCUGCAGCGUUAGUGGCAAAUAAGGCAUGCCUAAAAUUGCCAAGAACUCCAGAAGAGUUCAUUAAAAGUGUAGCUAGUUUUUUUUUAAUGUCGGCCAAAAGAACUGCAGAACUGAGAGAAAUGCAAGAAUAUUUCAAAAUGUCACAGCUUAAAAUGCUAAAACUUUCUGGUACAAGAUGGUUGAGCAUGCAGCAUGCUGUGCAAAGAGUAGUAGAAAAUUGGCAGGUGCUUUUAAAUUAUUUUAGACUCUUAAAAACUGAAGAAAACUCUAAAACAGUAGACUUUAUUUUUGAUGAAUUAAAUAAUACCUGCACAAAAGCUAUUUUAUUAUUUUUAAAGUACAUUUUACGAUAUUUUAACACUUUUAAUGCGCUUUUUCAAAGCAAAAAACUUUUAGUGCAUGACUUAUCUUUUGAAUGUCGCAAAUUAUAUAAAGAUAUUUUGUCUCACUUCAUUCAACCUCACCUAGUAACUGAUUUUAAAAUAAACUUACAACAUCCUGGUAAUUUUUUACAUUUAGAGUCAAUCAAUUUAGGAACAGAAUGUAAUGAGUUUGUGUCAGGUUUACCUCCAGACAUAAAGAACCACAUUUGGAAGUCAUGUUUACAAUUUUUAAUAGCAGCGUCUGUUGAGUUACAAAACCGUUUUCCGCUUGACAAUACAUUUUUUGAUAGUUUACGUUUUUUGAAGCCAGAUGUUGCACUCUUAGAUAGACCUGAACAUUUAAAAACACUCAAACAUGUCUAUGAUAAUUUCAAUGAAAUUGAAGAUUUCGACAAAAUGGAGGUGGAUAUAGAAUGGAAUAGCCUUUUACAUUAUUUUGAUAAUGAAUUAGAAAAAAAGCGUUUCAUGGAAAAAACAAUUGAAGACUUUUGGUGGUCGUUGAGGCAAGUACGAAAUUUUGAAGAUAAAUUUGAAUUUAAAAAUCUCUGCUAUUUAGCAUCUCUUUGCAUGACGUUGCCCCACAGUAAUGCUGAGACUGAAAGGAUAUUUUCAGUCGUUACCGACGUUAAAAAUAAAAAGCGAAAUAAAAUAUCCAGUGAGGCAUUAAAUGCUGUGUGUUCAAUACGUCUUUCUAAUGAAAGUUGCUGCACACAUUUUUCAGUAAAUGAAAAUCAUUUUAAUCUAAUGAAAAAGGAAAACCUUUACAAAAAAAAUGAUUAA